AUGUUUGUUCCUCUUUUGCUGCUGAACCUUCUACUUCCAAGCUCUCUUGCCGCUCCCUACCUCAACGUGAGAGACUGUCAAAUAAACGAAAUUCCCGCCAGUCUAUCUGGUGCUUACAUCGACCGGGACAAUAAGAACAACGUAUCCUUCCGCUUGUAUUCUGAAGGAAUUGACACCCGAUGUCCCCCGCUCAAUAAAGACCCUCAGAAGAACACAGCCAAACCUUUUACUUCGAAAAACGUUUAUAAGUGUGCAAAUCCUGCAGUCACUUUCAGUUAUAAUGGCGACGGCGGCCAGCUCAGGAUCUGGAUUAGCAACGAAAAAGGCUCUUUUGGCGGUUUUGUCACUAUUUCUAAUCCCUCGUCAGAAGUCAUCUCAACUACCCUCAAAUGCCUGGAUAACUGA